GCACAGUCCCGCCCUGAGAAAGGAGCCCGGAGCCACCCGGAAGAGCCAGGUUCCAAGCCCUAGUGCCACGUCAGGCCAGGGAGCUGAGCUCCACCCGGGCUGCUGCUGCAGGGAGUGGCGAAGGGACGGACGCUUCUUCCUCCUCGGCUCCCCAGCUUGCACGGGCCGGCCAGCACUGAGUCUGGCCUGGAGGGCUUAGCCGAGACCAGAAGCAUGAGAUCCCCGGCUCCCGCGGGCACUCUGGGGCUGUGGCGGCGGCGGCUGCUGCCGCCGCUGCUGCUGCUGCUCGUGCGAGCCGAGGUACUGAGAUGCACCCAGCUGACUUUCGAACUGCCAGACAGCGCCAAGCAGUGUUUCCACGAAGAGGUGGACCAGGGGGUGAAAUUCACCCUAGGUUAUCAAGUCAUUAGUGGUGGACACUAUGAUGUAGACUGCUUUAUUGAAGACCCCCAUGGAAAGACAAUUUACAAAGAAACCAAGAAGCAGUAUGACAGUUUCUUUCACCAGACAGAUAUCAAAGGAAUCUACAAGUUUUGCUUCAGUAAUGAGUUUUCUACCUUUUCUCACAAAAUUGUCUUCUUUGACCUUCUAAUUGGAGAUGAACCCCCCAUUCUUCCAGAGAUGGGAAACAGAGUUACUGCAUUGACACAGAUGGAGUCUGCUUGUGUGACCAUUCAUGAAGCCUUGAAAACAGUGAUUGAUUCUCAGACACAUUAUCGACUCAGGGAAGCUCAGGACCGGAAUCGAGCUGAUGACUUGAAUGAGCGGGUUUCCUACUGGUCUGUGGGGGAGACAGUCAUACUAUUUGUGGUCAGCAUCAGUCAAGUGGUGCUUCUGAAAAGCUUCUUCACGGAAAAGAGACCAACCAGUCGGGGUGUCAGCUCUUAAUUCUUGGGCACUCACUGCCUCUUGAGUUCUGCUCAGCCAAGGAAGUCCAAUUGAUACCUUCUACUUAGGGAGUAGAGUGUAGAGUUCUUCCAUGUUCUUAAAACUAGAAGGAGGACUAUCUUCCCUGUCUUCUAUUGGCCUAUAAAGUCAGGUGAUAAUGUGGAGGCAAAGCCACUAUAAAUUAUAACCCAAUGCCA